GUUUCCGGUUUAUUAGCAUCCUGAUGCGUCCUAAAGGCAAAACACGGCGGUAGACGUGUUUAGUUAAGAGUGUCCAGAGUCAUGAAACUUAGUCCUUGUCAAGCCCCAUUAUAUGGCAAGUGUGUGCUAACAGUUCAGCUCUGUGAUGAAGGAGAACAGGGGGAGGUGCAGUUCUUCCUGUUGUUCACUGGCUCUGCUCAGAGACAUCUUACCAGCACACUAAAGGUCAACCAUGCCACCCUUCAGGCUGUGUGUCCAGCUCAUAACUGCUGUGAGUCGGUGCUGGUCACACUGUGCUCAGCGGGACCGGACGGUAACAUUCAUACUCUGGCUACCGAUCACCUACACUUCGUGCAGGACCUGGCCUUCGACAUGGCCCAGUUCCUGGUGAGCGCGGUGGGGCAGACGAAUCUGCUGGAGGAGGCUCUGCUACUGGACGAACAUCAGAUCCCUCUGCAGGAGUGCGAAAAGCUGGACCAGAGUCUGUCCCUGGCCCUCAAACAUAUCAUGCUACCCCCUGGCUGGAGCCUGCUGGGGAAUAGCACACGACUGGAACCUCAAGAGACCCUCCUUCACUUCGCAGCCCGCCGCGGGCUCCUCAAAGUGGCCAGGUUUCUCCUCAAGCAGCCAGGGGCCCGAGAGGCCCUCAGCCUGUGCAAUAAACAGGGCUCCACACCGGUGGUCAUCGCCCAGAGUCGAGGACAUACGGCUCUGCUGGAGCUCUUCAGCCGGGAGGGUUUGGAUACAGACAUUGGCGUUGAGACGCUCAGACAGCUCUCCUCCUCGGGCAGUCGUGUGGUGCAGCACCACCCGUCUCUGAACACCUACACCCUCUCUGUGGGCACCAAGCCAGGCUGCGCACCACCCAACCCACAGGCCGACAUCCUGGAACUGUACAGACUGAUCCUUAGCCAUUGUCAAGAGAAGGUGAGUCAGGGAGGAGUUGUGUUUCAGCAGAGCUCAGACUCUCUGCACAUUUCCCAAGAAUGUGAUGACGGCCUGGAGACCAGAGAUUGCUGUUGUGAAGAGGCACGGCUCGACUCCCUUGAGACGAGAGAACGAGGGUUCACUCCUUUUAGCACAGAGGAAAACAAAGGAGAACGUAAUGACCGCCUGGAUCCCUCGCAAAGCAGGGAGGGUGACGGAGGUCCCUCGCUCAGCUGUGAAACUGACCCGGCUCUCCUAUUCAAUGGCAAUAGCGCAGAUCAGCGGGCGUGUGCUUGUGAAAACAUUGAGACUGAUUGUAGAGAGCAAGAAAAGCAUUCAGGUAAUGGUCUAGUUAGUACCGGUGACGUUGGAGAUAGUAGUGAUGGUUUGCAGAGCGGUUCUGAGAGCAUAGUCAACAGAACCUCUUCCUGCGGACAACAGAAAGAGGAAGCUGAUAAAGCGGACGACUUAAUCUGUGAAACACCGGUUUGUGCUGAGGGACCUGAGGAGGAAAAUCAGGGAAAAGGACACAACUUUGUGGAGGAGAAAGAGCUAUCUGAAUGUAGCCCCAUCGUUGAGGCAGGAGAUAUGGGAAUCACUCAGUCUUUGGACACGGCGGAAAGCUUGGAUGUUGAAUCUUGUUCACAGGGUGCAGAGACUGAUGAUGAAGAAGAGGAUGAGUGCGGAGAUCUCAUAGAUCCAGAGGAGGUUCGAGAAGAAAGCAAGAAACCACUGGAUCUAAACCCUGAUGGAGAUACACCUCUGGAUUGCUCACGACAAAAUUUGGUGGAAAAUGAAAUGCAUGCUUGUGAAGACGUUUGGGAUAAAACCGAUGACACUGGAACCCAGCUAGAGGGAGGCAUUUGUGAGAAGAUCACGUGUAAUGUGGAAGGUAGUGGAGAUCUUGAUUCUUCAGGAACCUGUGAUCAAGAAGACACUGAUGAGGAGUUUCAGGAGAGUCUAGAAAUGCCAUACUUUGAAACAGAUGGCGAGCAACCGAAGGAAGAACUUAGUGAUACAACCUCAAGGACUACGGUUGCUGAAGAUGAGAGCGUUUUACACCGGCAUGAAGAAAAUCGAGAGCUGUUGCCUGUAGAAAAGACAAUUCUUUCAAGUGAAGAAAGUGAGUUUGACGGACAGAAACUAAAUUCUUCCAGCGUCUUACAAAAUGAGCUUGGUCCAGAACCUGGAUCUUCCACAGCCACUAGUGAGGACACCUUAGAAGAUCUAGAGGUUCUUUUAGGUUCUAGCUUUGAGAUGAUGGAGAACGUUCAAGGGAACCAGAAGAACGAACCCGUUUGGGAAGCUCAGGCAUCAGAGGAGGAAGUUCUGCGGAUUCCCGCAGAUAUGGAGAAAGUGAAUCUCCCAGAUGACUCCUCUCAGGAUCCCAGACAGGAAAUGACCUCAAACAGUGAGGUCAUGCAGGGCACAGCAGCAGUAGUCCUUUCAGAAGAGGAUGCGGGUGUAGUUUUUGUAAACACAGAUGAAUCGGGAGAUCAACAUGUCUUGGUGGAUCCCUCAGGCAUAUUCGCUUCGUCAAAUGAGUUUGGGAUCUCUGAGGAAAGCCUGGCAGUCAAUGCAGAAGAUCUGUUGGGUGUUUCGGUCCACACCGACCAUCUAGAUGGUGCCUUACAUGUCCCAAAUGCUCUUGCCGAGGAUGACAUUAUAGUUUCUUCUGUAUGUCCUGAGCAAGCCCUAGCAAGCUUAGAUCCUGUGUCUCAAGAGACAGAAGCUGCAGUGCAGGAAGCUGUACAACCAAUGGGUGAAGAAGACCUACUGAAGGAGUCAGAUGUAAGUUUGGAGGAUCAGACGGACUCUCAGAAGACAGUGUGGCCUGAUAUCACAGACAAAAAAGAUCCACCAGUGAUCCACAGAGAUAAAGACACACUGUGUUCCAGUGUUUCCCAGAAGAGACACAGCUUAUCCACAGAGAGUUCACAGUAUCCAGAGUUUCACACUUGCAAUUCAGAAACGGUCACAUUUCGAGACUCGGGAAGCGAUACAGAUGGAUUUCUCAGCCCUGACACUGGAGAAGACAACAUCUUCAGAAAGGGGCAGGAGGCAGUAGGGGGAGGCGACAGCACGAGCGAGGUGUCCGUCUCCUGCUCCUCCACAGACGAGCAUCCCAGCUCCUCGGCCGAGAGCUCAGAGGAGGUGCGGCACGGAGGGGAGGCGGAAGACGAGGCCAAAGACAGCUUAACAGAGGUGCCGCUGCCCGCCUCUCUCUUCCGCUCCACCGUACGCUCGCUCUCUCCCUUCCGCAGACACAGCUGGGGUCCUGGGAAGAACCAGGGAGGGGAAGAAGAGAUGAACCAGCGCAGUUCUCUACGAAAUACAGGAGAGGAAAAGCCUGUGUUUUACAGAAGAAGUUUGAGCUGGUGCCCCAGUGAACCCUGUCGAGAGCUGGAAGAAAUUAGAGAGCUCAUCAGUUAUAGUUUGGAGGGUCUAGCAGCAGGGAUUGAGGAUGGCAAACGCUGGAUACCGCAGUCCGGAGGUCCAUCCCAGGAUCAGCGAGGGGUUCAGAGGCAGGAGAGUGAGGAGAGGGGCUCACUGAUGUCUCUCACAGAAGAAGGUCCCGAGUCUGAUUUGGGAGAAUGCAGCAGUCCAGGUGGACAGAAACCGAGGAAGUACCAUCAGUUCAGACACAGCGGUCCAUCUGUGACUCUCCCCCUCACAAAAUCAGUCUCUAUGCUUUCCAUCAGCCAACGGGACAUGGAUGGAAGGAUUCGGCGAAAGAGGCAGAUCUCUUUUACCUUCAACCUCUCACCGCUCCUCCCCAAAUCUAAAACUGUCUUUACUGUCAGCUCUUCAUCUAGUGAUGAGGAGGACAUCAUAAGCAUGACGUCAUUCACCAGUACCACCAGUUCAAUGGGAUACAGCAUCACAGAGGAGGAACCUGGACCUUUAAGAGGAGAUUUUGAAAAAAGUACCACCAAAGUGAGCCGGACGUUCAGCUACUUGAAGAACAAAAUGUACAAGAAAGCCAGAGAAAAAGAAAAGGAAAAGAAUCGGGAGAAAGACCGAGAGGCCAAAGAGAGAGAGAAGAAAUCAGUGAAUGGACACGUGUUCAGCACGUCAAACUCGCUGCAUCCAGCUUUGUGCCAGCAAUGCAACAAAACCCUCAACACUAAAGAUACUGUCAACUGCACAAAUUGCAAUGUGAGAGUUCACAAGAGUUGUAAAGAAAACGUCCCGGUUUGUCCCAAAAGCAGAAUGAAGUUUGCUAUACCAGAGUCCACCACUAUGCCUGUCGUCACUCUACGAACAAAAUCAUCCACACAGCGGGAACGGCCCUGGUCUGCUAUCUUUUCUCCAGAGGAACAUUCUGUGAUUGUCCCGUCCAGACGACCCAACAGUAUUAUGCCCUUCCACAGCAGCAACCUCUCGAAAAGCAUGUCCAUCAACAAUAUUGCAAUGUUUGACGAUAUGCCUCUGAGAAGCAGGCGGUAUCUGUCUCAAUCCACAGACUCCCUCCACAAACCCAACAAGGUUACAGCGUCCAAUGAGUCUCUAGAUGAAGGAACUGAGAUGGUUGACAGCCGGCUGAUGGGAGACUUUGAAACAGAUGUUAAGGAACUGGAGGCUGACUCCUGGAGCCUUACUGUAGAUAAGAAAUAUCUGAAGCAACUCAAGAAGGAUGUCAUCAAGAGACAAGACGUCAUCUAUGAGCUGAUCCAGACGGAGAUGCAUCACCUGCGGACGUUACGGAUCAUGUCUGAUGUGUACAGUAAGGGCCUGCUGACAGAUCUCCAGCUGGAGGGCCAGAUGGUGGAGAAGAUGUUUCCCAUGCUGGAAGAUCUCCUGGAGCUCCAUUCGUUCUUCUUCAGCGCUCUGCAAGAGAGGAAGAAGGAAGGCAAGCUGGAAGGGACAGAUGGAUUCAUAAUCAACAGGAUAGGAGAUGUGCUGUUCAGCCUGUUCUCAGACUCCAAUGCAGAAAACAUGAAGAAAAUCUAUGGCAGAUUUUGCAGUCAACACAGUGAAGCAGUGAACUUCUACAAGGAGCUGCACGCCAGGGACAAACACUUCCAGGCAUUCAUCAGGAAAAAAAUGAGCAGCAGUGUUGUCCGGCGUCUGGGCAUCCCAGAGUGCAUAUUACUGGUGACUCAGCGCAUAACAAAGUACCCGGUGCUUUUACAGAGAAUCCUGCAGCACACCAAAGUUCUUAAAAAUGAAACGCCUUCAGACUAUGCUAUCUGUGUUAAAGAUCCUAUAGAAAAGGAUGAUGAUGAGGGGAUCCCGAGUGAAACAGAGGAAGACAGGAAGCUACUUGAAACAAAAACAAAAGAAAUGAGAGACAUGCUCCAGAGGAAAGAUGAACAGAUCGUAUCACUCCUUCUGGAGAAGAUGAAGCUUUUCCGUGAAAUGUGCGGUUCGUCCGACAACACUGCUUCGGCGGUCAAAAUGCUCUUCAGGACCAACAACGAGGACGUCCUCAAGGGGGAACCCAUCAUGAUGGACGCUCUCAGAGAGGUGGAGAUGUUGCAGGCGCUGGUGAACAGCAGUCUGGGAGGAGCGGUGGGACAGCAGGUGGCCUGCGCUCCAGGGAACAUGGGACCCGUGUGUCUGCCACGCAGAGCCGAGACCUUCGGAGGGUUUGACAGCCACCAGAUGAACAUCUGCAAACAUGGUGACAAAGAGGAAGCUGAAGACCUUCGGAGGACAGAAUCUGACAGUGUACUGAAGAAGGGAGGAAACGCCAACCUACUGCUCCUGCUGAAGACAAACAGCGAGCAGAUCCUGACUAGUGUCACUCACCUUCAUGACCUCCUCAGCUCACUUCAGGGUUGA